CCUGCUGUGUGUACUCCUCGCAUAGAGGAGCGUUAUAACGCCGUCGCGUUUUACACCGCGGGGGCGCUUAACGUCGUUUACUCAGCGUUAUAAGCCGCCCGACGAUGUAUCGCGGCUUUCCGUACCCGAGAGGCCCGGCGCCGCCGUUCCAGCCGCCGCCGCCGCCGGGCCGCGGGCCUCCCUUCGGUCCGCCGUUCGGUAUGCCGCCUUCGGGAUACCCGCCCGCUGGAUCCUGUGGACGGCUUCCGGACCUGAGCUACUUCCAUAACGUAGCCGCGGGAGACCGUUUCGUCAAUACUCAGCCCCACUGUGGCAACACCUCCACAGACCGUAGUACAGUGGCUACUGUGGGCAGCCAUCAGAUGCUCCCUACUCCAGACAAACAACUUCCGAUGCCACAGUGGAAUACUGGCUUUCUGGAAUGUCACGCCAAAGACAGCAGUGAGAGGGCUGGUGAAGAAUUCCUCAGAUGUAUUGCAGCGAACAAGCCUCUUCCUGACUAUCUCAAAGGAAAUCUGGUAUACAACCCGCCUGAUACAUUCAAGUCAGCAAAUCCCUCAAAGCCAGCACUUUCAUCUAACCACAAGCACAGGUCCAGGAGCCGAAGUAGGAGCCGAGCCAAGAGCUAUGUGCGAAGUAAAAGCAGGGCACGUAGCAGAAGCCCCCCCUACAGUAGGGGAAGAAGUAGAAGUCGUGCCAAGAGCUGCGGUCGAGCGAAGAGUAUGGCCAGAAGCAGGAGCCGAAGCCGAGGGAAGAGCCGAGCACGGAGCAAGAGCCGGGUCAGGAGCAGAAGCCACAGCCGUGGGAGGGACAAGGCAAAGCAGAGCCGAAGAGGAAACAGUUCUAACCGGCUCUUCAGCCCCAACUGUACUGACAGCAGCAAACCAUCCACAAGCAACCGUAGUCUGUUAGAAGGCCUUAAACUGGUGAUGAACAGCAGAGAACUGGAAGACAAAUUGCCUACUCUCAAGGAUGCUAUCCUCACUAUACAGGCAACACAUAAAGGCAAGGAUGUAAAGGCAGAUAACAUCCCCACUGAACAGGAGCAGGGCUCCUCCAGCAACAAGCAACAAAAUGUGUUGCAAGUGGAAAACGAUAGUAUCAUCCUACCCCAUGACAGAGUGGGCAACGACUUUUCCUGGUUACAGGCCAGCAGUCAAGAGGACUCUGCAGCCAUCCAGAAGACAGAGGACCCCGAUGAUGAAGAUUCGUUCCUCUAUGGAAAUGGAGAUAUUGGAGAAAAGCUACCUGUCGCUGCUGUGCUUGGUCAAUCUGGAGAACUUGUCGCUCCCCAGCACAUCCAUACAGAAAGUUCUAUUUCUGGUAGCCAGCAACAUUUACACAAGCCAAUGUUCAGUUGUCCAGGGGAUCUAUUGGAUCUGAAGCAGCUCUUAGAAAAGAGCCCCUCAUCUUCCCUUAGCAUUGGCACAAGCAACCUGGAGCAUAAGUCGAACCAAGAGCUUGCUUCUUGUAGUAUUGACAUAAAGGAGUGUGAGAAAAUCAAGGUCAUACUGAGGAACAUGGGUCUCAAUCUGGGCACCACAGAAGUCAGCAAGAUGAUGAAGGUGCAGGAGCUAAAACAGGAGAAGCAGUGGUCUCCUGUACAAACCACUGGGUCUGGGACACAGCCGGCACCUUCUGUCUUAGUCUCACCAGCGUUGGGGAACACAAACGUACGCCAAGCACUGGAGUCUCUCCAGUCUUUAAUCAAAGCUACAAAGGAGAAGCGGGUAAAAAAUGAUCCGCGUGGUAGUACCCCACCUCAGAAUUCCUCUGACAUACCAAAGGUAGGUGACAAUGAAGAAAGUAAAAGAAGAGAGAAACAAGCCAGAAUGAAAAAAAUAGAGACCUUGAUGAAAGAACUGGAAGGAUUGCUGAAAGAGAAUGGAUGUGAUUUCAUGACUCCGGUGAUCAGAUUUUACUGUCAGAAAUGCGACGAGUUCAUGGGAGAUCUAAGUACUGUUGAAAGCCAUGCAGCCUGUCAUCGUCAUAAUGACUCCGGCAGUCAAAAACACCUUGAAAAGUCUAAAGAGGAGAAAGGACAAUCGCACCAUCACAGUAGCAGCAAAAACUCUCAGCCCCACCCUGCAGACCGGAGAGACCACGGGGAUUCCAGUUACCACAGGGAUGCGGGGGACUACAAAAGAGGCCGAGAUCAUCAUGGAGACUAUAGGGACGAGAGAGAGAAAAGACACUCGGACGUCAAAUACAAACAUGACAGCGAGCCAAGAAGCCACAGGGACAAACAAGAAAAGAUGCCCCCGAGAGGGGAGAUGAUGAAAGAGAGGUUGCUGAUAACAGUGUCCCGUGGUCUGACGCCUCCUCCUCCUCCGAAGAUGAGAGCUGAGGAGAGUGAUAAGGGCCUGGUCAUAGGGAGGCACAGGAGGUUUAAUCAGGACGACAAAGGAAAACCCUCCGCAGAGGACCGGGACAAAAGCGACCGCGAAAAAGAUAAAAGUAGCGACAGCAGUGACGAAGACAAGAAUGGGAAAUCGUCUAAAUCAAAGUUCCCUAAAAAAAAGGACAAAAAGAAGAAGAAAAAGAAGAAAGUGAAGAAGGAGAAGGGUGACAGGUUCUAACUGUUGUGAUGUCGUAGUUCCUUUUCCAUGCUGAGGUUCCCUGUGACUUGGCGAAUGGAGCAGGUUGUGGCAGUCUGCGUUUUUAAGCUUUAAAGAAAAAAACAGUUCACAGGGGAAGGGACAUUUCCGUUUUGUAGAAAUGGAUCACCUUCUUUCUCACUUCAACAUCGGCUGUUUUCACAGCGACGGUUGGUUACCGCUCGUUCAAACGAUGGCGGAUCUCAAAGGUAGAUCAAGAAAAGGAAUGUGACCCUGGAGCAACUCAGAAAACCUGAAGAGAAAAGGAAGUUAUUUGCUUGUGCUUAUUUUCAUUUUGACAUGUGAGGACGUCAGGCCAGCGAAGUGAGGACUGAGCUUUUCGGAUGAAUAUUGGAUUUUUUUUUACCAUUUGUACGUUUUGAAGAUAGCUUCCCUCUCUGAAGGCGUCUGCAGGACUGUCAUAUCCACUAGAUGUGGUCGUCACACUUCUUAUGUUUGGCCACGAAUGUUGUAAAUAUGUUGGGUGAUUGAAUUAUGUCCUUCUUAACGGUAUGUAUGACGACACCGGGUUGAAAUCUGUACUGACUCCACCACGUCUGGUGUUCAUGUUAAAAACGAAGUGAAGUCAUUUUUAAAGUAUGAUUGUAUUAAUUACUGUCUGGGCACGGUAAUCCGUUUAACACCCACUGCGGCGACCAUUACACCACCGCGUUAGUCAGUGGAUCCUGUCUUGGUGGGGUUGCUUCUCCUCAGGGUAACUUUGUUCUGUGUACUGUCCAACUGAUCCAGAAAAUCAAACCUUCACAGCCAGUUUCCUCAAUAAAAACACAGUGAGAUGCUUUU